AUGUCGUCAUUGAUAGGGAACACUUCAGCAGGAUCGGAUAGCAAUAUAGAAGAAUCAUUAACGAUGUUCUUUGAUAAUAAUUUUAAUCCCUCGGCGUAUAUCGAUAAAUUAAUCCAAUCAAUAAUUCACCAAGGUGGUUCUACCGCUAGUGCCACGCCAAUCUCAACAUAUUCCCAAAGUUCAUUAUCAAAUGUCUCGAACGAUAUUUCUGAGUUAAUAACGCAUUUGGAUUAUUAUACUAAUGAAUUGUCUAAUCAUAAUCUAAAACAAAAAUUGGACACGUUGGAGAAAUCAAACGCAUUGAUAUUCCCGCAUGGAAUUAAUAGUGGGGAUCAACAAGAAGAGAAUGGUGGUUCGACGAGAAUACAGUAUCAUAUCAAUAUUCUUAACAAUUCAAUCAUCUCUCUCCAAUCUGAGUUGCUGACGAUAAAUGAACAAAUAGAUAAAAGUUUGGAAGCGACAACUAAGAAUUCACAACCUAUAAAUAACUUGAUAGAGUUGAAAAGAGUAAAAGCAAAUUUAUCUAAAGUGGUACAAAUAUUUGAGUUGAUUAAAGCAUCAAUUAGCAAGAAAGGUGGGGACUCAGAGAAUAUUUAUACAGCUGAGGAAUUUCAGAGAUUAUUGGAUGAAAUGUAUGAAAGUAUAAAGUCACAACUUGAGAGUAAUAAGAAUAGGGAAAAGCUACUUGCUCAUGUUGAUAAAUUGAUAGAAUUGAAUUCGUUGUUUGUUAAUCUAUCGAAAUUCAAUCCGAUCUUUAAGAAGUUUGUUAGCAAACUUGUUUCUUUGAAAGACACGUACCUGAGAUCAAGGUCAUAG